UUGGCUUGCCUCCAUCUAUAAUAGUGAAAAAGACAGGGAGAGGCUCUGUAGAGGCCUUAAUGAGAGAAAUCUGUGUAGCUGAGAGCCACAGUUCAGUAGGUGUAGCAGCGAUUGUAUCUUGAACCUGAAGCUCCUCACAAUUCAUCUGCGAGAGUCUUGAUUCAGAGCAGAGCUGUGCCUAAAUCUGUGAAGAGUUCUGGCUGAAGCGCUGACAUGCAUUUCUCUCUGAGCAAAAAAGUAACAUCACAGUUUUCUACCUGCACAUUCCCAAGUGACUAAAGGGAGAAGUAUGCUUGACUGAGCCAGAGAGAAAAGGACGAGACAAGAAGACGAUACACGAGGUGAAAGGAGGGUAGACGCAGCCAGGAGAAAAAAAAGACAAAGCAGAACAAGAGAAGGCCAAAGAAGACAAGACAAAAGGAAUAAGGCAAGACAAAGUAGACAUAACAAGUCAGAAGAAAGGAAGGCAAGGAAGCAGAUUUAAACAAGGUGAGAUUAGAGAAGACAAAGGAAGCAACAGGCACAGCAGCAAUGGGAGGCAAGAGGAAAUAAAGCAAGAGAAAGGGAGGUGAAGACAAGAAACCGGUUAAGGGACCACGUCAAAACUUCAAUUUCCCAUUGGGACCGUUCUAGACAGUCCAGGAAAAACAUGGCAUGUCAGGCAUUUGGUGCUGACUCUUUCACCUCACUGACAGGGGAUUCGCCUUUGCCAAUCCUCAUGCACCAUGGCUCCACCAGUGACUGUCUGCCAACCACCUCCCACGCUCACGGCAUGGUCUCUGCAGUAUCGUCUGGGCUGUCCCUGGGUCAGACCUCCAAGCGUCCCCACAUGCAUCUGUCCCCUUCCUCACUCAGCAACGCCCUUGGCAACACCCCCCCGAGCCUACAUUACCCAGUCACCCCCUGUCACUACAGCAACCAGCAGGCCACCUAUGGCAUGAUGGCAGCACAGGAGAUGCUCUCUGCCAGCAUCUCUCAGACUCGUAUCCUGCAGACCUGUGGCGUCCCUCACCCCAACAUGGUGAGUGGUGCAAACCCACUGCAAGGGUCUCUCACGCCUUGCUUGUACAAGUUUCCAGAUCAUGGAUUAAGUAGUGGUUCUUGUGCAUUGAGCCACGGUUUCUCAUCAUUGCCCUCGGCCCUCCUAACAACUGAUGAGGCCCCUGGAGGCCCCAGUGCAGAGAUGAAAAGUGACGCCCAUAGGAAGAACAUGCGGGACCCAGAGGAUGCCCCAACCAUGGAUUCCCCACAGAUACGAGAGCUCGAGAUGUUUGCAAACGACUUCAAAAUCCGGAGGAUCAAACUCGGCUACACUCAGACAAAUGUAGGCGAGGCUCUUGCUGCGGUGCACGGCUCAGAGUUCAGCCAGACCACGAUCUGCCGCUUUGAAAAUUUGCAGCUGAGCUUUAAGAACGCCUGCAAACUCAAGGCCAUUCUGGCUAAAUGGCUUGACGAGGCUGAGCUGGCUGGCGCCUUGUACAAUGAUAAAAUAGGAAUGAAUGAGCGGAAGAGAAAACGGAGAACAACUAUCAGCCUUGGAGCUAAGGAGGCCCUGGAGCGCAGCUUUGUGGAGAAAAGCAAGCCGUCCUCUCAGGAAAUAGCUCGGAUCGCCAAAGGCCUCCAUCUUGAGAAGGAGGUGGUCAGAGUCUGGUUCUGCAACAGACGCCAAAGGGAGAAACGCGUGAAAACAAGCCUCAAUCUCAGCUCUUGUUUGACCAAAAUCAGCCCAAACUGCAUAGCGCAGAUGAGUAAAUCACAAAGACCUAUGACGUAAUUGAAAGUUCACACUGAGAGUGUCAACUCUACGCUGACUGAGGCUCCUUUAUGACCACAGCUAAUGAAAAUGUGAUAUUUGUCUGACAGCAAUGAAUCCAGUGUAACAUGGGAGAAUAUUACUCAACAGAAAACAAUAAAAACUUCCUUCAUCCUGCAUGAAGCAGCUGCUGAAGCACUAAAACUAUUUCCCUGAAUUCCAGUUCUCAUUAUAUAUCAACUUUAACAAACCCAUCUCAAUUUUGCUGUAGAACAUGAGUAAUUGUCAGCAGCAAAUGUCUGUCUCCUUUGCACAGACAUCCCUUUUUGCAGUUCUUAUAAUGCCGAUUGUCUGAUUUUUUCUUCCUUAUUUACUUGAAUAGAAAUGCUUCUCUAUAGUAUUUUAAUCCCACCAUGUCCCAGGAAAUUCCAUUUAAAGAAAAUACAGAAAUGUCAAAGAGCAACCCAGCCAUUAUUUCUCCUUGUUUGAAGUUGAAACUGUGAGGAUGGAAGGUUUUCAUUAGCUGCGUAUGAACUGCUGGCUUGAUGCUGCUGCUGCCAGUCCUGACAUUUAAAUGCAGUGAAUCUUGGCAGUGCCCAGAUUUCUAUAUGAAUGCUAAAAGUGUAUUAACCAGACAGACCCGAUCUAAUUUAAUCCGUCAGCACCGGAGUGCAGACGAGUGCUCGUAAAGAUCAGCUCUGUGCCUUUCUGAAAGCAGGCCUUAGCAACACUGUCCUUGAUUUUGUCCUUUGUUUUCUUCCAUGACAAACUGAAAAUUUCCCUGUCAAUGAAACGAAGUAUUCUACAUGUACAUCUGCAUUUAUUUAGUCGUGUGUGUGUGUGUGUGUGUGUGAUUUUUAUGAUUAGAGAUGAUGCCUGUGUGUCUUUUUAACUGCCUGUCACUGACUUAUGAAAAGUGUUUUCUUUAAUUUUAUGUAGCUGUAGUCCAAACAGUAAUAUAUUUAAAGUUUCACAACAGCCUAUUUAUUUGAGAGCUAAUAUAUUGAGUCGGUCUACUUUACUGUAUGCAGCUUCUUUGAUUUAUGAUCUAAAGUCAGGAGAUAUGUGAAACUUUUUGACAGCAAAUGGAUCUGUGGUCCACCGUUUAAUUUUUCAUAUUUGUUGAUGUUUUGUUUUUGCCAUUGCUGCUUUGACAAAGUGUCACACAAACAAGAACGUCAGCCUGUCAUGAGUCUGACCUGGUUGGGAUGACUGAUGUGAAACAUCUUAAUAAAGCAGAAACACCGUCUCAAACAGAACACCUGACAAAUUCUGGUCCUAGUAUUAUACCCAGUGUUCAUCAAGGUGCAGGGAAUUAGUGUCCUGAAAAGCCAGAAGGUGAUUGACUUAAUGAAAAUAUGUCAUAAAAGACUGUUAGACAGAUUGGUAUGAAACAUCUUGAUUCAGCUUGAUUGGAAAUAUAAAUAUGCCAAAGAUGGUUAGUACAAAGUUUUGCUCUUAUUUUAAGAAAUUGUCCGUUUAAGUUUCUAGUUGAAAGUUAAAUCAGUUCAGCUCAUAUGUGGCAGACAGUUAACUGUGUCUACUGAAAAAUGACAUGUGCCAUCUCUCAUUUUUCCCGCAGUGCUGCAUAUUAACCUGCGAAUACGUACAUAAGGAGAGCGAGUGUGCAGCAUGAACUGUACAAUUCAUGGGGGAUUCAUAAAUAAAGCUACAAGACACCUUAAUUCAGAAACAAGCAGUUUCUACUGUGACUAAUGUACGGCUGUAUAACCGGAGUGCUAUCAGGGGAAAUAAAUGCAGUGAGGUCACUGACUGCUGUCGCAUUUCUGAGCGUGCAGAGUGGAAAGUUACAGACACACUGUAUUUAAGGCUACUAAGAAGUGUCUCACAGAUGACUUAACCUUAACACUGCUGC